AUGGACAAGUCUUCAUCAAAAUUGGCUCUUCUGGUUGUGCUUAUGGUCAUUGCAUCUGGUGUUGAGCUAUGUGCUGAAGCAAGAAACUUUGGAGUCAUAGAUCCUGCUUGCCCCUAUGAUCCAGAAUGUGCGAAUUUUUGCUGUGCGACCCAGAAAGUAGAGGCGCAUCACACUAUUUCACCUCCCCUUUCCACCAUGGCCAUGAACUGA